CUGAAGCUAGUGCUAAUCUUCUGUUUACAAACAGGGGCACAAGAAGGUAGCUUCGUAUUGUAAAAUAAAUAAAUCACUUCUGUGGUUUACGUCGUCAUGUGGAUAAUGUUUUUAAAGCAAGGUAACGUUGGGUUGUGAUACCGAAUAAUGUACCUUAUCUCGUCUUGAGUUGUAAAGAGUUGGUCUAAAUUCUAAAAUAUACUGCUGAAGCUAAGCUAACUUUGCUAAUGUUACAAACGGCUGGUUAUCAACCCCUUCAUUUUCAGAGAGAUACAUUGACGCACUGUAAAUUAUGUUAAAUAACAUGUGUGAGGUAGAUUUCAGGAUUAACCCAACAGAUAACCACUUGCCCUGUAAAUCAAAAAUAAUGAACAUAGCUACGUUAGCUUGCUAGCUUACUAGCUACAUUGCUUACUGUCGUAGACUGUCUAGACUCGGUGUGAAGCAGUGUAAGAUAAUCAUAAUUAACUUCAGUAUGUUGCUGGAGCAUUGCAACAUUCCUCGUUCAAAAAUAGCAGUCUAUUGAUCAGAUUAACUUUCAGUAAAACAACUUCAACAACUGGUUAAACUAUAAACCUGAAUCUAGAGUCUCUCCUAAUGGCUGCUUUAGGCUUUAAUCUUGCCAGCGGGCAAGAUCUUUUCAGCAUUGACACAACAGAACAAUCCAGCUCUAUAACAAACUGUGCCCUUAGUGGGGAAGAGGUCAGGCAGUUCUACGAAAAUGUAAUGAAAGAUAGUCAAGGGCAAGAGAAAUCAAGGAGGAGAGCAACUAGCAAGGGUGAUAAUGGCAGAGAGCCCAAUAGAAGAGAGAGGAGGAGAACCAGGGCAGCAGAGAUGCGGCAGGCUCAAACAGACUCUGUGGUUCAUAGAGGGAAUAGUAGUGAACGUGAAGGCAACACAAGAAGAGAUGUCAUCUCAGAAAGGACCAUGGAGCUCCUGGGGCUCAGGUUUCUGCGCUGUGCCAAUGAUGGUGACAUCUCUGGCCUCAAAGACCUGCUCUCAAAGGGUGUUGACAUCAACUUCCAGGAUACUUACUUUUGGACGGCAAUGAUGUGUGCAAGCUGGUCAGGACAAAGAGCAGCGGUGAGGCUGCUGCUGCAGAACGGAGCAGCCUGGGUCGGUGUGGUUGACACUCAGGGCAGGGAUGCCAAAGAUCUGGCGCUGGAAGCGGGCCACAAUGAGUUAUUGGAGGAGUUGGAGAGCUAUGGGACAAGUGCAGAGAGAGACCCUCAAUCUGAUAGCAGUGCCUCCCAGCCUCAGUGGUGCGGUGUGUGUUGUAGCGAGUACAGCAGCAGCCUGUCGUCACAUCUCUCCUCCACUCUUCAUCUGUUCAGUCUGCGGCGUGCCCCCCCCACACCCUACUACUGCCUCCCCCCCUCCAGCAACAGCUACAAGAUGAUGGUUCGCUGCGGCUGGGAACCGGGGACAGGGCUGGGGCCGGAGGGCGAGGGGCCCAAACAACCAGUGCCAACGGUGCUGAAAAGAGACCAGGAAGGCCUGGGAUAUGGACACAUGAAAAGAGCCAAAGUGACUCACUUCCAACCCAGGGACUCUGCCGCAGUGAAACGACCAUCACAGGAGAAACAGGAAGGCAGAGGCAAAGGAGAGAGGAAGGAAGAUAGUAGGAGAAAAGAACAAAGAGACAAGACCUGGGAAAGAGAUUUCCGUGCCUCUUUUUAUCUUUGACAUCUGCUCAAAGUGACUUUUCAAAACGUUUUCUCUUCCAGACGCUUCUAAAAGUAUCUCUAAAACAUUAAACAGAUCUUUUAUGAAGAGGUGUGUUAUUAGCUGUGAACAGCAGCUCUUUAGGAGGCUGGGAAUUUGACAUGGAAGUCUGAGUCUGAAGUCUGUGAGUGAACGCACGAAGAGAAGAUGCAGUGGCACGUUGUCACAGAGUGCAGGUGUGUGUAAAGGUGCUUGGAGGUGUUUUUCCACUUUGACUCUACCUCAGACCUGUUUCCAUAUAUGGUCAGUCUUGCUGCUGUUGUGCAACGACCAAAUAUGGCAUUGAUUUAUCUUCAUGAUUUUGAUUUACUCCGUGUGACCUAAUGUGGGGUUUACUUACUGUAAACCAUUAAGACUGUUUCAUACGUUUUUCAUUUAUUUAAAUUAAUAUACAUCCACUCGUUACGGUUCAUUAACCAGGAAAAUAAAUGUCUUUAAU